UGUAAAUCUUAAGAGGUAUCGUUCCACACCAGAAAGCUUUACAUUUGAAAGAUUAGGAUUACACUUGGAAGCCGCGAGCUACAAUUAGAACUGUUACAGCCAUGCGAUUUCUGUUUCCCGCGCUCGUGGUCUGUUACAUCGCUGCCUCGGCUUUCGCAUCUGAAGGUGAUAAUGGGCGCGAUGGAGAUCAGCACAAGCUCGAUAAGCAUCGAGACAUACUGAAGCUCAUUUCAAGUAAUAUCACUGUGUAUCUCCUGCAACGCACCCUGGACCAGAGUUACAUGUUUUUUAACUAUACAUGUGUUCGUGGCUUCUUCGACGCAGUGAAAACGGCGGGCAAUGAUCGCCGGGCGAAUAUUAGGUUUCAGUACAAACAUCCGAGAUAUGGCACGGUAGUGGGACAUACAGCGUAUUUUAAGGUGCCAGAGAAGAAAAACGGGCGAAACAACAAGCCUCAUUCUUUAAUAUCCGUUAACGAUGAUGUGGCCCGCGGUUCUGAAAGUUCGAGUGGUCUUGUGAAGGUGAAGAACAAAACACGCAUUCCAGACGACGAGAAGCCUAGACUGGAGCUACUGUUUACUGAUUACCACGACUGUGCAAUCUUCCGCCAUUCAACACGUCAACAUGACUGCGAAAUGUGGGUCAGCGAGAAUCAUCUCGCCGAUGAGAAGAAGUUGUUCUGCUGCAAGUUCAUCUUCGCGAAAGAGUGCGGAAACACAAAUUUCCGAGUUUAUAACCGUUCAGAGUGCACACCGUUUUUUGAGAAAGCAGGUACUGCACCUGUUACGUAUUACGCAUUUCAAGAUGUCCCCACCCCGUAUCCAAACACGUGGAGAGCAAAGUCGAAAUCCCAAUAAAAAUAACUGAUGUACGCAAUUAUGUUUUCUACUUUCACCAAUAUAUAUGUGACCAAGAAUUAUUGUGCUUCGUACGUAGCACAGUAAUGUAUGUAGCACAA